GAUGAAAGGAAAUUUAAGAAACCUCUUUAGUAGACAAGUCCUCUUUGCAUGACUCUCUUCUCUUGCAAUCCAAAGGUGAGGAAAUUUUUGGUGUCCUCUGCCUCUACUUUUUGUUUGCUCCCAAAGUUUCCACAAUCGGGUUCUUCUUUCUUUUUCUUCUACUGCUUAGGAAGAGUAGAGCAUAGUUAUAUUUUGGUGGGGAAAGGAGCAAAGCAAGAUUGCAUAUAGGAGGCUAGCUAGAAGCUGCUUCUUUGACUACAUAUAUAAAUAUUGGUUUAUAAAGAAGAGAACUUUGUGAGAAGAAAUGGAGUUUCCGGAGCUCUCUUUGGCUCCAACACAGUUUGUUGUGAAUAAGAGCAGUAUUUGUUCAUCUCCAGAAUCUGACGGCAACACUUCCCGGAAGAGGAAGUUUUUCAAUGAUCACUCGAUUAAGACUGACCAAGCAGUUCACACUAGUGUUGAUCUUCAACUGAAAGAUCCACUGCCGAUAGGCUGGGAGCAAUGCCUUGAUCUUGAAUCAGGUAGAAUGUAUUAUCUGAACAGGAAGACCUUGAGGAAGAGUUGGGAGUGGCCCAAGUAUCAAAAGCUAGACCUUGAACUCAACAUCUCAACAAACUCAACUUGUUCUGAGCAGUACAGCAGUGGCAGCUCUGUUACACUUGAGGACUCCAAGAAGAAAUACUCCUCAAAUGGUAACAUGAUUGCUUUGGCUUGCUUGAAUUGCCAUCUCCUAGUCAUUCUCUCCAAAUCCUCUCCAUCUUGUCCCAACUGCAAGUAUGUCCAUUCACUCCCAUCCCAACAGACCCCACAAGCCAAAGUCCCAGUUGUCAAGUCCCUCAACACCUUAAGCCUCUUAAAUUGAGCUGUGGAAAAUAAAAAAUCAUGCAUUGGAGAAAUUGAUCAGUGGAAUCAACAUUUUGGUGUAACCAUGCUAAGCUGGUUUAUGAUGUCUUAUUUGAAGUAGAAAAUGUAAAAAUCUAUGGUUAGCCUUUCUUAUGUUUUACUUGUUAUAGAAUAGUCUCAUUUGGUAAUCCUUGGUGAUGAGUGAGACUGACUCUGUAAGAACAAUGAUGGGCUGCAAUACAUUUCCGCUCAAAAGUUAAGUACUACACAAUCAAUUAGACAAAUGUAAUGCAUGAAUCAGCAGCAAUAUUGUUGUGGCCCAUGCCUGUCCCCCUUUUUCACUACAUUUUUUAGUUAAUGUUGAGUUAGUACAACAAAUGGAUAAAUGAUGACCUUUCAGAUUCAUAUCUUUACAGAUACAGAGUCUGGGGGAUCACCUUUCCAAGACCUUUACAAGACAAAAUCACUAUUGAGAAGACUGGUAUUAGUAGUAUAUCUUGUUCAGUUUCCAAAGCAAAAUUGAAGGUGUGCCAUUGGCAUUUGUGAACCUUUUGUGAUCUCACUGAAGAAGCUGUGAAUGCCUGAAGUAGCAGUAAGGCAUUGGUCCAAAAUCCAAAUACUUGCAUUGGGAUCUGUGUAUUUUUGGGCUUUGUGAAUGUUGCUACGUGAACAGAUUGAAAGAAUUUAGGACAUGUUUGAUAUUGUUAUAUAAAUAACAGAAUAUGUAUUUUUAUAAUACUUUUUUAUCUAUAUGUA